AUGCAAAAUUCCUUGUCUUACAAAUUAGGAUUAAAAAAUGAUAACAACAAAUUAUUUAUUGCUAGAAAAACUCUUGUUUAAAGAUAGGAAUUGUCUAAGAAAUAUAAUGAUGAAUCCUAAGUUGUUUUAGUUUUUGAACCACAUAGAUUUAUGACAAAAAAUUGGGCUGGUGCUGGUCCUUAGUUUCCAAUGUAAUGCUAUUUCAUAGAUAAAAAUAGAUUUGCGGUUGUUCUAAGUAAAGAUGAUCCAGUUGAAAACAUUUCCACAAUUUUGAAGAAGAAAUUACAGUCUAUUUUUCAUAAGGAUUUUUAAAAAUACACAUAUUUUUUACUUUGCAAUAAUUACUUAUUAUCACCAGGUAUUAAUAUAUUAGAUUAUUUUUAGAAUAGACAAUUGGCAUGAUAUAUGA